AUGGGCAGCCUUUGCUCCAAGGAGCAGGUUGUCGAGGAGGAACACGUGCCGGUGCCGGUGCCGGACAGGUUGCGGCUGCAGAAAGCGCCCAGCCAAUCCCUGAAGCAGCUCAUCACUCUCACCGCCAAGGAGGAUUCUGCGGUCGUCGCGCCGAUCGUGCACGCCGUCAUCAGCAGGUCCGAGUCCAGCGUCAAGCCCAAGGCGCAGCCUACCACCGCACCCCAGAAGAAGGCUCCGGUGCUCGUCGUCGCCUCUCUCAACAAGUCGUACAGCACAGCCGGGCUCACGCACCACCGGCGGCCCACCGUGGACACCGGCGACCAUGAUGCAGCGGACCCCAUCCCGCAGGGCGUGCCCCAGGGGUUCUCCGGCGAGCACGUGAUCGCCGGCUGGCCGUCCUGGCUAACCUCCGUGGCCGGGGAGGUGGUCCAUGGGUGGCUGCCCCGCCGUGCCGACACCUUCGAGAGGUUGGACAAGAUCGGGCAGGGCACGUACAGCAACGUGUACAUGGCGCGCGACCUGCAGAGCGGCAAGAUCGUGGCGCUGAAGCGGGUGCGCUUCCUCAACAUGGACCCGGAGAGCGUGCGGUUCAUGGCGAGGGAGAUCCACAUCCUGCGCCGGCUUGACCACCCCAACGUGAUCAAGCUGGAGGGCAUCGUCACGUCACGCCUCUCCCACAGCCUCUACCUCGUCUUCGAGUACAUGGAGCACGACCUCGCCGGCCUCGCCGUCACCCCGGGCCUCCGCUUCACCGAGCCGCAGGUCAAGUGCUUCAUGAGGCAGAUCCUGGCGGGGCUCCACCAUUGCCACGGCCGUGGGGUGCUCCACAGGGACAUCAAAGGGUCCAACCUGCUCAUCGACGACAACGGCGUGCUCAAAAUCGCCGACUUCGGGCUGGCCACCUUCUUCGACCCGGCCAAGACACAGCACCUCACGAGCAGGGUCGUCACGCUGUGGUACCGCCCGCCGGAGCUCCUGCUCGGAGCCACCGAGUACGGGGUCGCGGUCGACCUGUGGAGCACCGGCUGCAUCCUCGCCGAGCUGCUCGCCGGAAAGCCCAUCAUGCCCGGACAGACCGAGAUUGAGCAGCUGCACAAGAUCUUCAAACUCUGCGGUUCGCCGUCUGAGGAGUACUGGGCCAAGGCGAAGCUGCCGGACGUGACCCUCUUUAAGCCGCAGCGACCCUACAGGCGCCGGACGGCCGAGACCUUCCGGGACUUCCCUCCCACGGCGCUGGACCUCGUGGACACGCUGCUGGCCAUCGAACCCUCCCACCGGGGCACCGCAGCUUCGGCACUCGACAGCCAAUUCUUCAGAACCAAGCCGUUGGCGUGUGACCCGUCGAGCUUUCCCAAGUACCCGCCAAGCAAAGAGUACGACGCCAAGCUCCGCGGCAAGGAGGCCAUGAGGCAAAACGCGGCGGCAACCAUAGCAGGCAACGGCUCCCUGUCCGUGAAGCCGGGAAGAAACGACGAACCCAAGCCAGUAGACGCCGCUGGAGCAGACCGCCAGAGGAGGCAGGUGCGUAACAACCCGAAGAGCAGCAGCCACCACUGCAGCACGCUGGAGGACAGCAUGUCGGGAUUCCGCAUGGAGCCGCGGGCAGCCGCCGGGCAGCUGUCGACGAUGCAGAACGCCGGGCAGUUCGGGUCGACGUGGUACAGGAAAGACUACCAGCGCGGCCGCGGGUUCCAGCGAACGACCAGCUCCGUCAGGGUGUUGAACCACGCCGCGCACCUGACGUCGCAGAGGUCCUACGCCACGUCCCGGGGCACCGACCUGCACCCGAGCUCGUCGGCGGCCAGGAAUAGCAACUCCAAGUACAACCGCCUCGACGUCGCCGAGCCCGCCAAUGCGCUUGACAGGCCCGUCCCUGCCAACAAAGACACCGCCAUGCCCACGAGGGACGCCCCUUCAGCUGUGCCUGGUUACAGAGGGCGGAACCGGAGGAUGAACUACUCCGGCCCGCUGGUGCCGCCGGGAGGGAACAUGGACGAGAUGCUCAAGGAGCACGAGCGGCAGAUCCAGGUGGCGGUGCGCAAAGCGCGCGUCGACAAGGAGAGGAUCAACCGCAACCAUUACUCACCAGCGGUAGAAAAUGACAUGCCAUCCUCACCGCCAGAUCGAGCCUGUCGUGCGUGCACAGAAACACCUCCACCAUAG